GUUGUUCUUAUCUUGCCUUUUCUUCUGCCACGUUUUCUUCCCUUCUCAAAAGGAGGAUUCAAAAAAACCUGAAAAUGAGGAAAUUAAUUUCCUAAAAUCUGGGUCAGGAAGAUCACACAUCUCACGUUUUGGCAGAACACGUGCUACCCACCAGGCCUCUUACAAGGUGUUGGCCCUCGGGGCCCUUUCUCUUUCCCCGGCCAGGACCUCAGACAUGACUGGGAAGAUCUUCACCAACACCAGGGAGCGGUGGAGGCAGCAGAAUGUGAACAGCGCCUUCGCCAGGCUGAGGAAGCUCAUCCCCACGCACCCUCCCGACAAAAAGCUGAGCAAGAAUGAAACGCUUCGCCUGGCAAUGAGGUAUAUCAACUUCUUGGUCAAGGUCUUGGGGGAGCAAAGCCUGCAGCAAACGGGAGUGGCAGCCCCGGGCAACAUUCUGGGACUCUUCCCCCAAGGAACCCCCCUGCCCGACAGGACUCUGCUCAGUGACUACCAGGUCCCUUCACCUGGCCCCAGCCACCAUGUCCCUUAGUGCGGCACUGACUCAUCACCCAGGGAGACACUUGUUCAGAAGUCACUGCCAUCAACAGCCUUUGGCAUGUUACAGAGUCACCUUGAUGAAUAAUUUGUGAGGCAGGAAUUUAAGCGUCACAGGAGGUGGCUCAGGGACAGCUGCCAGGAGCCAACUGGAGGCCAUGAGGAAUGUGGCUUUGGAAUGCGGCCUGUUUCUGUCUAUUUCAUGUGUCCAACAUCUACGUGAGAUGUCGUCUGAAGAAAAAACAAUUACUCAAUAUGUUUUCAGUUAUAAGCAAGAUGAGUCGAAACGCACAUUUCAGAUGAGUAAAAAAUGCUUCCCUCCGAACAUUUUUAAAAUAUAUAUAUUUUUAUUGAUUUUAGAGAAGAAGAGAGAGGGAGAGAUAGAAACAU